AAACGAAAUAAAAUUGUUAGCUUGUGAAAUAUUUAUAUUGAUGUAAUCGAUUAGACAUGUCUUGUCAGAUAAAGGGAAUUGCAAAUCUAACCAAUACAAGUAAUAUUAAGGAGGUACUUUUCGGUGAUUCUAUUAGACAAUGUGACAUUCCACCGAACGAGUUACCGCUUCAAGAUUGUUUUAUAUCGCUUUCGUCAGCAGGAGAUGUCCUCGCUAUGGCGUAUAACGCAAAGAUGAUUAUAUUAAUUUCUAGGUGGGAUUCGUUAGAACCAGAUGAGACAAAAACUAAAUUUCACAUGAUAUGGUACGGAGAAGUUGCGAAAGAACCAAACGAAUGGAUAACAUCUGUGAUUUGUUUGCCUUUGUUAUCAUUGGGAAAAGCUAGCGGUGGUCCUAAUCCAGACUGGACAUGUAUUAUAGUUGGUUUCAAUACUGGUUUUGUUAGAUUUUACACAGAAACAGGCGCGCUAUUGUUAGGAGAACAACUUCAUAAUGAAACUGUCAUAGGAUUGAAAUGCCAGUCUUUACGUUCUGCUAAACACGCAGGAGACAAUGGUUUAGCAGAAGAGCUACACGUAAUUUACAAUAGCGUUGUAUGCAUAUUACAAGGUUUUCCUUUAUUUUCAACGUUACGUGCAUGCCGAAAUCAUUUGGCCAGGGUUCAAGCGAAAUGCGAUGAUUUACCACCUAUCACAACUUUAUCGUAUAAAAAAUGGGGAUACAAAAAUCAGGAUAUUAUAAACGAUUCGGAAGUAAUCGGCAGUACUUCUGUAAAUAGUUUUGAUCAUUUGAUGACAGCCUCGAUAUGUGGUGGAUAUAACGCAUCUUACAGAUCUAGCGCGCCGCAGCAUAGUUUAGUUAUCGCAACUGGUAAAAGACCAUUUAUUGGUUUUCAUUAUGCAUUAGAGGGUAGCGCAGCUCCAGUGUUAUCCGAUGUUGCGAUAGCAAUGGCCAGCAAAUUAGCAAAUGCUAUUGGAACUGCUGUUCCUUGGUUUCCACUUAAUUGGGGGAAUUCGAAUUCGAAACAUCAGACGUCGUUUGAGGCGCCAAAAACGAGUACUCAUGAACCAAUUGAGCAAAUGACUUGUAGGUUUGGAUUAAGUGAUGUUACACGCGAGGGUUACUCGAUAGUAUCCAGUCCAAAUAAAAUGUUAUCGGUAAUAGCAGACAUAAUGGGUAGAGUAAUAUUAAUAGAUAAUAGGCAUGGUAUAGCUACGAGAAUGUGGAAAGGCUAUCGUGAUGCCCAAUGUGGAUGGAUUGAAGCUGAGGAAGAAAAACAUUCCGGUCCAAACAGGGCAGGUGGAAAAUUUAAACAAGCAUCGCAUUUGCGUACUGCUUUAUUUUUAGUUAUUUAUGCUCCAAAGAAGGGUGUAAUAGAAAUAUGGAGUACACAACAAGGUCCUAAAAUUACUACGUUUACUGCUAGUAAACAUGGACGAUUACUUUAUAUCAAUUAUGGACUUUUUGGUACGAAUGAUAAUAUACACCUACCAAAGAAUAAACCGCAAUAUUCGUGUGUUUUUAUGGAUCCAUUGGGUGGACUCAAAGAAAUUACUGUCCCAUUCCACUUCGCACUUAAUAGUAAGAAUGGUAAAAGGGCACGUGACAUACAUCUUCUUAAAAAAUUAAAGACGUUUUUACGCGAAGAAGAAUUCGACGAAGAAAAAUUAGUGUCAAAUAUCCAUAACGUGUGUACAGAUUUAAAAACUAAUGAAAUACGAGUACAAACAAUAGAAAUGUUGAUGACAAAUAAAAACAUUACACCUGAUGCUUUGCUGACAGCCACAAACUGUUUUAUUAAGAAACUAGACGAAUAUGACAAAGAGGAGAUGGAACAUAUGGCAAAGACUCUUUAUUUAUUAACAAUGCAGUUGCAGCAAGCGAUUCAAUUUUAUAAGUACAUUAGGUCUAAUAAUGAUAAUCCCGGAGAUCAUAGUUUUAUUGCAGAUAUCGAUGAACCGACCAGUAAAGAUUUAGCCUCGAUUUUAUUAACUUCAGAGCGAGAAAUCCAUAGAAUCUUUAAAUUGUCUGAUACGAUAAGUAAUUUUAAAUGUAGAAACAUUAAAAUGGAAAAUAAAGUAAAAUUUAAAGAAGAUGGUAAAAUUUUCUUAGAUUUUUUAUCUUGCUUUGAAUUUGGAACAGUUGGAUCGAUAAAUAUUAAAAAAGAUUUAAAAACAGAAAAAAAAAUUCAAAUUUCUCAGUUAAUAUACGAAGGAUGUAUAUAUUCAAACAAUAGAAUUGAAACUUGGAGAGAAGCUGCUGUGAGUAGUAAUAUUCAACCGUUUGUUUUAAUGGAAUUUGCUUUGGUCUACUGGCUUAAUAAGAAAAGACAGAUGUGCAUAAGAGCAGAACUAAAACAAUUCACGCAGCUCGUGAAUGCUAUAUGUUCGAUAGCUAAUGUUGAAGAAAUAUGUGCAAAAUAUAAUGAAAUAUCUUUAUGGUGGAAAAAUGUUCGUAAUAUCCUUUCCGAUUCAACAAAUCCAUUUAAUGCUCUUAGUGCUGCUUUAGCAUGUAGAGCUGUUGCUAUGUCCUUAGAAAAAUAUAAAGAAAAGUGUGUUGAUAAAAGUCAAGACAAUAACGAUGUAGAAGAGAAAGAUGUUAAAAAUGAGAAUAAUUUAACGGAAGUACAGGAAGUCGAAGAUCGUGUUAGCGAUUUAAAGUUAGAUAACGAGACGUACAAUUUAUCAAGCGAAUGGGAAAACGUUACUAAAGACAGCUGUCAAUUUACAUUACUCAUUGGAAAUCUUGAAGACAUUACAAUUCUAGAUGCUAUUGUAAGCCAACCACCUCCAUUCGAUACGACAACACAAUUUUUUGCAUUACCAUUUGUAAAAUUCGAUAUUUCUUUAGGAUCAGUUCUUUCGAGAGGAAAAGGUUCUGUGUCGGAGAUUGUUGCAAAAUGGAUUUCUUCUACGGGCAUUGAUCCGACUAUAUUAGUAGAUACUGCAGAUAUCGAAUUUAAUCAAAUGCAGUUAACAAAUGACUCAUCGGAGGUAAUCAAUUCCUUAGAUAAAGAUAGUAAUGUUGAUGAUGCUUCGCAACAGGACCCAACUAUAUAUUCUACGACUUCCAAUGAAAUUGAUAACAAAGCGAAAGAGGAAACCAGUGCCAGUAUUUGCAUUUUAGAGCAAAUUACAUUGUUGAAACGUCAUUUUCCAUACAGUUUGUCGAGUAGCAUUCUACUAGCUAAUUUGUGUUGGGAAUUCGCAAUGUCAUGGAAUAAAGAUGUUUCGCAAUUACAAUCUUUAAAAGCUGCAUUAUUCACUUUACGACAAAUACCAAUGAAACAUAUGAGGCAUGGUGUAUGUUGUCUGUUGUGGUCUGUUCAUAUAAAAAAGCGAAUGGAAGCAAUUGCAAAAUUAAUGAAUAAGCUUGGAAAACUACCAAAAAAAAGAUUGUGCGUACAAGAAGUUGGUUUAUCCGAUGAACAAUCGGUUACGUUUUUACUGCAUUGCGUUACAUUUUUCAAAAUAUUCAUCGAUUCUGAAGUGCUCGAAGUUGGUGAAAAUGCUGUAGUGAAGUCGGAAGAAAUAUGGGAAGGAUGUAGUUUCGGUCCACAACCAUUUGCUACAUUAGCUAUUUCUCAAGCACCAGCUUGGUAUGAUCUAAUAAUUUUACAUGUACAAAUUGCCAAUGUUUUAUACAUGAUGGCAUAUUUUAAUCUAAAAGUAACAAAACCAUUAAACAGUUUAUUCGAGUCUGUGGUGCAACCGUAUUUUUUCCAAACUAUAACAGAUAAAGUAAUGUUCACAUGGUAUAGAGAUGAUAAAAGGGACAGCGUAAGAUUUGAAUUUUUAUGUCGAAUAAUUACUGCAUCGAUGGAUUUCAUUCAUCAAGAGACCACGGAUGCUAAAACGUUAAGUUCAAUCGAAGCUAUUCAGUGGAUGAGCAAAUGCCAAAUGUUGGCAUCCAUUUGGAAAAUUAAUAACGAUCAGUUGAGGAUACACCAAGUUUGUCAAUUGUAUGUGAAUGGUUUUGAUCGAUUAGCUGAGGAGGUUGUAACAGCAGUAAACGAUCUAGAGAAUUUAGGAGCGAAUCUUCUACCGAUCGCUGGAAGGAGAGUGAUGACAUAUCUGUCGAGAACACCCGAUCUUUUGGAGGAAAUUUCUUGUAUAAAUCCUGCCCUCACCAAAUACCUAGAGAGUCUUGACGUACCAGACGUAAUUUGUACAAAUUGUUCAAACAACGAUACCAUCGAAUUGAUAAGACGAAUUUCUAGGUAUUUACCCGAAACUCAUUCCGAUUAUCAUCUCGUGCAAUUGAUGUUAGAUGCAACGUUCAUUUACGAACGUACAACAUGAUAUUCAGACGGUUUAAAAUAAGCUUAAUUUGUAGCGAGGAAUAAAUUUAAUAAAUACAUGUAUACGCCUGU